AUGAAGAUUGGUCUCUCUUCACUCACCAUCCUCUCCAGUCUAUUUUUGCCAGCACUGGGACUCGUGGGCUACUAUUGUGGAUCCGAUACUAUUACCUCGGACAUGACGGAUAAUGCUAUAGGAGAAUCAAUGAGAGUUGCGAGGGAAAAACCAGAUGGAUAUCUUCAAAAUCUCCCAAUUAAUGCCCAAAUUGAAUUCCAAAUCCAAUUUAACAGCAGGCAAGAACCAGGCAAUACUUUUUGGGUCACACACAACAAGCGAGGAGAUCUUCGAUCAGUGUAUUAUAUAAGUCAAGGGCAUAAAAGCGAUUGUCCUAAUAAAAGUUUGGAAAUUUAUUCGCAAGGAAGUUUCUUCGAAUAG